AUGGACUCCGAUGCGAUAUCAGCCCUUUCAUCGCUGUACGAAUCAGUUGACGACAUUGACUUGUUCCCAGGACUUGUCAGUGAACGGCCUCUGAAGGGAGCACUGCUAGGUCCAACAAUGUCUUGCAUUCUUGCCGAACAAUUUGGCCGACUGAAGAAAUGCGACCGAUUCUUUUACGAAAACGAUGGUGUGGCCAAAUUUAGCCCAGCCCAACUGAGCGAGAUUCGGAAAAUCCGUCUAUCGUCGAUCUUCUGCGCCAACAGUCGAUAUCUGAGAACGAUUCAACCGAACGUCUUCGACGUGCCGGACGAUCUCAUGUACGAGUUUUUCCUUUUUUAA